CCCCCUCGAUCCCCGCCGCCCGCCUCCCCCGCCCCCCGCGAGCCUCCCGGAGCCCGCCCGCCCGCCCGCCUCUCGCACCCGAGAUCCCCCGGCGCAUCCAUGGUGUCGUGACGGCGGCGGAACCGCGGAAGCGGCGGCGUCCAUGGAGCGGGAGCCCAUGUCCUCCGACGACCGCCCCGAGGCGGCUGCUGCUGCUGCGGCGGAGUCGGUGCAGGAGCAGCCGCAGCCGCUGGAGUGGCGGUUCGCGCAGGUCUUCGGCGAGCGCGCGGCGGGCGAGGACGUGCAGGAAGUGGAUAUAAUAUCUGCAAUUGAGUUUGACAAAUCUGGUGAUCAUCUUGCCACUGGAGAUAGAGGUGGACGUGUGGUUUUAUUUGAAAGAACGGACUCUGGGGAUAGUGCUAGUCGAAGAGAACUUGAGAGGCAAGACUACCCGGUUGCUAGGCACCCUGAGUUCCGCUACAGGACCGAAUUUCAGAGUCAUGAACCUGAGUUUGACUACCUAAAAAGUUUGGAAAUAGAGGAGAAGAUCAACAAGAUCAAGUGGUGCCAAACAACCAACAAUGCACUCUUUCUCUUAUCUACAAAUGACAAGACAAUCAAGUAUUGGAAGGUUCAAGAGAAAAAAAUGAAACAAGUUUCAGUGAUGAAUUUGGAUACCUCCCAAAGUUCAGGCAAUGGUUCAACUUCUAGUCUGGGUACCAGUAGUUGCAAAGAUCUUCCAAAUGGUGGAUGCUCAGAAAAGUUGUACCGUCCAAACAACAAUAUGUCAUUUCCUCCUGGAGGAUGCGCAUCAUUGCGUUUGCCUGUGGUGGUUACAGGCCAAGACUUAAACCAUGUUGCGAGAUGCCGACGUGUAUAUGCACAUGCUCAUGAUUACCAUAUUAAUUCCAUUUCAAAUAAUAGCGAUGGCGAAACAUUCAUAUCAGCAGAUGAUCUGCGAAUAAACCUGUGGAAUCUGGAAAUUAGCAAUCAGAGCUUUAACAUUGUUGACGUGAAACCUGCAAACAUGGAGGAUCUAACCGAGGUGAUUACAUGUGCGGAGUUCCAUCCAACUCAUUGUAAUACACUAGCAUAUAGUAGCUCAAAGGGUACUAUCCGGCUUAUUGACCUGCGACAGUCAGCCCUGUGUGACAACCAUGCUAAACUAUUCGAGGAGCAUGAUGCACCUGGAUCAAGAUCCUUUUUUACAGAGAUAAUUGCAUCAGUUUCGGAUAUAAAGUUUGCAAGGGACGGAAGACACAUUCUUAGUCGUGAUUAUAUGACUCUCAAGUUAUGGGAUCUAAACAUGGAUUCCGGGCCAGUUGCAACUUUCCAAGUUCAUGAAUACUUAAGGCCUAAGCUUUGUGAUCUAUACGAAAAUGAUUCAAUUUUUGACAAAUUUGAAUGUUGUCUCAGUGGGGAUGGACUCCGUGUUGCUACUGGUUCUUAUAGUAAUUUGUUUCGUGUUUUUGGUUGUGCUCCUGGAAGUACGGAGGCAUCCACUUUGGAAGCCAGCAGAAAUCCCAUGAGGCAUCAGGUUUCUAAUCCAGCAAGGCCUACACGGACUCUGACCUCUUUGACCCGUGCCGUGAGGAGAGGUGGAGAAAAUACAAGCGUUGAGGCCAAUGGAAAUUCUUACGACCUCUCAACAAAAUUGCUUCAUCUUGCGUGGCACCCAACUGAGAACUCCAUCGCAUGUGCCGCUGCAAAUAGCUUGUACAUGUAUUACGCAUAGGGAACAUGCUAGAGAAGAUUGAAUGUUUUUGUUUUUGGUCGACAUGAAAGCCUUGGCUUUUCACAUGCAACAAGGGGGAUGCGGUGCAGGAAAUUGUUGUCGAUUCCAUGGUUGGGGCCAAAAAGAGGCAGUCGUGAUCGCCCAAAAGACAAGUCUGUUACUACUUGCUGCCCAUACUGGACUGCCUUCUUCGGAUUCUUUAGUAAAUGUGAAGCAUGUGUUCUGAUCAUGUCGAAACUUUUGGCCCCAAUAUAUGAUGACUGUAGUAGGCUAGUAGCUGCCUUGUAGGGAAAUCGGCAGCUGAAUGAUAAAGCAGAAGAUAGCUGAUGCUAAUUCCACAAAAGGUCACAGGAAUACCUGCUCAAAUAUCACAAAGGCUGUAAGUUAUUUUUCUUCCCUUUUUACGACAUGUAAUGCGACAUAUCCGGGACUAACCAUCAGUUGUCAUGAACUUUGAGGUCGUUGAGUAUAAAAAUUUGUCAUAGCUAUUGUAGUUCU